CCGCUUUUGAGGAGCGGCCUGGACUGGCGGACGCGUCCAACCUCGCCUCAUCCUCGCCUCAGCCCAACCCUGCCUCACCCUCCACACUCCAUCCGCCGGGGCGGCGCCCGACGCCCCGGCGCGAGCGACGCCACUGGGAAGUCGGCGACUGCCCAGCGCCCGCCUGUGUGUCACGGGGCGCUGGCCGGCACGGCGAGCAGCAGAUGACUGCGGCCUCCAUCGGGAGUGUGACGAUCUUCACUGCUGUCGAGGGGCGAAAGCCAGCCAGAGGACCUCGCCUUGUCUCACCCGAGCGCUCGGCAGCAAGCCGAGCGCGGGCGAACCGGGCACAACGCUCUGCCGUGGGCCGAACGCCUGAGGGAGUACGACAACCUCCUGCAAAACACCGGCUGACCCGCCGUGUGUCUCACGCCCGCCCGUGUGUGAGUUUUGAAUCGGGUUGCCAACCACAAUCAACCAUCCCCGCCGACCGCGGGCCAAGGAGCCUCACUUCGGCGCGUCCGAUUCGCCGACAAGGUGUGCGCCUUCAACGUGACGCGCCUUCCCUUCAUCGCCAUUGUUGGCGACGUGCGAGACCUUUCGAAUCCGAACUACUGCGCCAUCGGAAUGAUGCGUGCGGCGCGGAUGGCCGAGUUCCGCGCCGAGGCCCUGUGCCGCAAGAUCUUCUCCCGCUGGGCUGGGCACGCACGUGCCGCGGCAGAGCCCACCCCGCAAGUGCCCAAUCCCGAGCACGCGCCCGCCCAAUCAAGCGAGUCGGACGACGAGUUCGACGAAGUCGUGGGAGAGGAGGAUUCUGCGGAGAGGUCGGACUCACUGUCAUGUGUCAUCACGAGCGAGCGACGGCAAUAAUGUGUUGCCCAAUGUCUCGUGUGUGUGUUUUGUGAAUACGACGGCGUGCCGUCUAGCCUAAACGCUCAUUGCUUGCA